CAGGAUAUGUCAGUAGUCACAUAUCACUUGUCCAGCGAGGGAGCAGCGUCCGGCAACCGCAGGUACACUACAGAAGGGUCACUGAUAAGCGAUACCGCGGCCUCUGGGAGCGGGAGUAGCGAGAGCGCCAGUCAGUUGCUGGUGGUUUGUGGUGGUGAGAGGCCGCUGUGCUAGAGAUCGACCGCAGCUGCGACUGCUGCUGCUGCUGCUGCUGCUGGGAUAUCGACGGGUCAAUGUGUCAGCUGGAGGAGAGCGGGAGUCUCCCAGUAUUCAGUGUGUGAUCAGCUAGCCUCACCGACGUCCACUGUCACCUAGACUACUGGCCCCCUUAAACAUUGAAGGACACUUUGUAUUGUGCUUGUGUGAUUAAACAGUCGUCACCAUGGGAGAUGUCAAGCUCGUCACUUUGCUGGACAUUGCUAAGCACCCAGAGUAUAGCGAGGACGAGCUGAGCAAGCUCUACCAACUUUUCUGCCGCUAUGCUGAGCCUAGCACGAAAAAGGGCACAAUCUCCCUAGACAGCUUCAAGAAGUUACUGGAGGCUCUCGAGCUGACGCAGACUCACCUUGUGGCAAAAGAAACUUACGAUAAGGCCGCAAAGGAUGGGAAAAUCUCACUCGAAGAGUUCAUGAAGCUCGUCAAGGAGUUGACUGCCAAGACUGGCAAAAUAAAUUUGGAUCUGGUGGUGAAGUUGGCAGCGCAGGAGGAAGUCAACGUCGAUGAUGUAGGUGUUGGCGGAGCUAAGAGAUUCUUCGAAGCCAAGGCUCGAAUUCUUGAGGUAGGAGACGCUGCCUACCGAGCCUUUGAAGAUAAGAAAAAGGAGGAGGAAGACAAGAAAAAGAGGCAAGAGGAAUUCAAGAAGAAAAGGGAGCAGUUCCAGCCUGCUGCAUAGAGGAGAAUGUCUGAUAAGAUCACUUGUAAUCUGCAGGCUAAAAUAAUCUGUAGAACUGUAGUAAUAAUCUGUAGUACUGUAGUAAUAAACAGUGACACAUUUCAUUUUGAAAGAAUUCAAAUUAAGGUUAAAAAAAAAAAAAAAAAAAUUUGAAGGAUUCUUCAUAUUAAAUUCUUAGUUUUUAUCAUCUAGCAUUCCAAUUGUUUUCAACCUGUUAACUUCUAAAUUUGGCUACAUCUGGUUAACAUGCUGUAUAGCGAAAAAAAUAGAUAUGCCUUAAAAAAAAAAAAAUUGGCUUUACUAUCUAGUACAAUGAUUGUAGUAAUUUAAGGUAAAAGUAAUAUAGGUAUAUUAAUGUUCAUUUUUGAAUGUUGAGGCGUCUCUUUGACUCUAGGUGUGCGAGCCUGUCGGUGCUACAAAGUAAGCCAUUUAGUUAUAUAUAUAUUAAGAGUAAUGGUGAAGUUCACAUUUGUCGGACUAUAUUACAGUAUGUUAUACAGUAUAAUAUAGAUAUAUAUUUAAGCCCAUUGUCAAUCUUUUAAAUUUGGGUAUAUACAGACAAGCCUUGAGGCACACAAUUACAAUAAAACUUCAGAUUUGGCAGUGUCUUGGUCUUACUUUUAAGUUGCAGGUAACUAAUACUUCUUAAUAAUUGUUACACUUGUUAAGGCAUUUGGCCCUUUUCAGCUACCAUCACCACUUAUCAUUCCAUAGCAAGUUAGUCAUAUAAGUAUUAGUACAUAUAACCACCCCCACCUCUUAGCAAUAGAUUGCACAGCUCUUGCCACAUUAAAUAACUAACGUUUUAGGUUACCCUGUAUGACCGUAGCGCACCCAGGUGUUUAAUAUGGUGGUAUGUUAUAAUAUGGUUGUUCACGGGCUGUAGGAAGUUGUGGUUUUGAUUCUCCGUGUGUUGAUCUACUUUAUGGACCAGAGGAAAGCCUUUCUUCAGUGUGUAAGAUAUCAUUAUACAAUAGCUGGUAAGAUGUGCUACUUUUAAAAGAUAACUCGGUAGGGUAUACAGUACAGUAUGAUGUCUAGAUUUUUAAGAAAAAGAGUUAAAAUCUUUGAGUGGAGUCAUAUGAUAGAAUAAUUAAAAGUACUUUCGCACUUGCCUGUAUCUGCGUGAUUUGUGAUAAAUUGAUUCCACUUUGCCUAA